UUGCGAACCGGACGAUUUUGUGAUUUGGCCAAUGUGAUUCGUCUGUCGUGCACAGCAAACUGUAGCUCGCUUGAUCGAAAAGGUUCUCGCUAUAUAUAUGCGUGACGUUACACGAUCAUUUCUAGGGAUUUCGCUCCUCUUCUCGUCUCAGUCUGUCACUCUUAUCUUCACAUUUACCGGAUAUGGCUGAGAGUGUGCCCGUUACUCCUAGUCAUGAGUUGUUGGAAUGGCCAAAGAAGGAUAAACGCAGGCUCUUACAUGCUGUCUAUCGUGUUGGUGACCUUGAACGCACCAUCAAGUUUUACACAGAAUGUUUUGGAAUGAAACUUUUGAGGAAGAGAGACAUUCCAGAGGAGAAGUAUUCAAAUGCGUUUCUUGGAUUUGGCCCAGAAGAAACUAACUUUGUAGUGGAGCUAACAUACAACUAUGGAGUGGAUAAAUAUGAUAUUGGAACCGGCUUUGGACAUUUUGCUAUUGCUACUACAGAUGUUUACAAAAUGGUUGAGGACAUAAGGGCUAAGGGUGGGAAUGUCACGCGGGAACCUGGUCCUGUAAAAGGUGGAACGAGUGUCAUUGCUUUCGUGAAAGAUCCUGAUGGCUACACUUUUGAACUAAUCCAGAGACCUCCUACACCUGAACCACUUUGUCAAGUAAUGCUUCGUGUUGGUGAUCUUGAACGCUCUAUCAAGUUCUAUGAAAAGGCCUUGGGAAUGAAAGUUGUGAAGAAGGUUGAUAGACCAGAACAGAAGUACUCCAUUGCCAUGCUGGGGUAUGCUGAUGAAUUGGAGACUACUGUUCUUGAGCUGACAUAUAACUAUGGUGUGACUGAAUAUACCAAAGGGAAUGCAUAUGCACAGGUUGCCAUUGGUACGGAUGAUGUGUACAAAAGCGCCGAGGUUGUUAACCUGGUUACCCAAGAGCUUGGAGGAAAAAUAACUCGACAACCAGGACCAAUUCCUGGACUCAACACCAAGAUCACCUCUUUUCUAGAUCCAGAUGGCUGGAAGACUGUUCUGGUUGACAAUCAAGAUUUCCUGAAGGAGCUGGAGAAGGACUAAAACUGUUAAAAGAUGGGUAAAGCUUCUUGUUGUUGCUGAAGCCCUAAAAAAGAGCAGCUACGAGUAUCUCAAAUAUAAAUAAGUUAGUUUGCGAAGACAUUAUGUAUCCGUAUGGCUUGUUUUAAAGCUAUUCUCACCUGAUGAGAUUAAGAAUAUGUUAAUAGUUUCUCCCUACGCCUAGGCCACCGCCACACUUGAUUCCUACUACUGUAAUAAAACCUUCAUAUGCUUGUGUGUUGUUA